AUGCGAAUCCUUUUCAUUGAGGGGACCAACCCGCCGAAUGUACGACUCAUUGAGAACGCGAAUGAACUCGACUCACAACCUUACGUGUGCUUGAGCCACCGAUGGCUUCCUGAGACGGAGAUGGCCAAACUAUACCGCAAGGACUCCGAGGCAUUUCAAAAGCGAAUCCCAGUUGAAAGGCUUUACCCACUCGUACAGGACGCAGUCGAAGCCACGGUUCGACUGGGCUUCCGCUAUCUCUGGGUUGAUUGUUUCUGCAUCUACCAGGAUCAUGAUGAUCUACGUGAUUGGCAUAUACAAGCAGCACAAAUGGGACAGAUAUACGAAAACGCGAUCUUGACUAUAUCUGCAUUAUCAUGUGAUGUAACAUCACAAAACAAACGCAUUUUUCGCCGGAGCAUACCUCACCAGCGUUUUCGCCCCGUUGGAGUGCGUCGGCCAGACGAAAACACUGUAUGGUGCAAGGACGAGCUACAUCCAGUCGACCCUACACGGCCUGAAGAUAUGAAUCCCUGCGAUGAGUUUCCGUUAAUGAGGAGAGGAUGGGUCUAUCAAGAACGAUUGCUCUCUCGCCGAACAAUCUACUUUACAGAUACUGAGCUCCUCUGGGAAUGUGACGCAGCUUGGUGGUGCGAGUGUCAGGGUUUGGAGCACAUAUUGAAGAUGAAAAGGAAUGGAUGGCACAAGUUGCGAGAUGUGCCGUGGACUAGUCUGGUGAAGGAUUACACCAAGACUGACCUCUCACAGCCCAGUGACAGGCUUCCUGCCUUGUCAGGCAUCGCAAGCCGCAUUGCAAAGACGUGCGGGUGGACAUACAUUGCCGGAAUAUGGCUCGAAGAUUCUUCACUGCAGCUGAUGUGGACAGGGUUUGGCGAUAUCAGGCCACGGACGACUCCGCGCAACUUGCCCUCCUGGUCUUGGGCUACUGCGAAUCAGGCCGUACAUUUCCUUCCCAGGGCAGCCAAACCUCUGAUCACAAUCGUCUCCCACGCUGUUGUUGACGGUGCAAAUCCCUAUGGGGCACCCCUCUCCGCGACUUUGGUUUUGAAAGGACCAUGCCUGCACGCGACGCUUGUCUAUCCCGAGAAGGGAGCUUCCUACGUCGAGGUCCCCAGCUAUGUCGUCGUGAAGAAAGUAAGAAACAGCCCACAAAUCAUUGUUGAGAACAUGAUGGUUUCAAUGCGUCCAGAUUUUCUCCUCACCGAACAAGGCGGUGACUUCAUUGCGUCCGGAGAGGAAGUUCUGCUGAUGGUUUACGACAUUGAAAAAGCCGCCGACGGCUUGAAUGCCUGUGGCUGGACCGGGUUGGUCUUGAAAAGGGUGCAUGGUUGUUCAACCGCUGAAUUUGAGAGAAUUGGCUGCGUACUGGAGUUCUACUCCUCCAUGAGUGAGAUGGAAGUGCUGGAACAGGCCUUGGUAGUCCAGGAUGUUACCAUCGUUUAG